UAAAUAUCCACUUAACUUUGGAGUGUCUUGUUGAUAAUUUACAAGAGAUAUGCGUUGUUGUUUGAAUACUGCGUUUCUUAAUGAUUCAUUUAUCUAUUAAUUAACAUCAAUAAUGUAAAAGCGAAACAAACUCGCACGAGUAACCAUGGCAACCUUUACCAUCGCAACCAUGGCAGAGACGGACAGUAAAACCGACGCUGAUUCAAAACAAACUGUUGAACUUAGGGAGGAUUUAAAACGCUCCAAUGCAUUGCUACAAGCAGAGAUCGAUAUGUUUGAGCGCUAUAUUAGUAGGAUGGAUCCACAGGCAGGAUCAGAGACUUCAGCGUCGCAGGAGAUGGGAACGAGUCGAGGAAGGAAGAAUAGAGUCCGAACUCCAGAGAGGCAACAGCUCCUGACACUCGAACAGAAAUUUGACGUCGCCCAAAGCAUGCAUAAACAGUUGAUCCAGGAUCUGAAGAGACUUCAACACAGUUCAGAGAGAGCACUGGACAAUUACAAGGCAACUCUGGAGGAAGCUGAUAUCCACUUGGCAGAGGUUAAAAAAGAAUGUCUUAAUUUUGAUUUUGACAUUGGUAAAGCAUUGCGGGACAAGACAUGUGUGACGAUGAGUGCUGAGAAGGUCAUCAGAUACACUGAGGAUAGUAUAAGGGCCAAGGACAGCCUGAUUGAGAAGUUGCAUCGGAAGAAUGUUGCACUCCUUGCACUAAAGAGAAAAUUGCAACUGCAGCUAAAACAACAGGAGGAGAUGGCUGAGGGGUUGACAGCGUUGGACUUUGAACACCUCAAGAUUGAGAACAUCAAAUCUCGAAAACGAAUGGAUGAACAAAACCACGAACAUCUUAAUCUCAAACUGCUUGCAGGGAAAACCUUGCAGACCUUGAACUCUAAAAAGGAGAAGCUUCAUACCUUGACAAAUGAAUCAGAUGCUCUGAGCAGCGACAUUGCUUCACGUAUGAAGCUACUGGUUAAGAUUGAGGAAGAGACCAAGCAAGCAGAGGAGGAGCGCAACAAAGCAGAGGCUCUGAAUAGGAAGUUGAGGCGCCAGUUGGCUGACUUUUGCGUUCCACAUGUUUUAGAAUAUAUCAAAGUUAAAGAAUCCCACAGCCAGUUGGAGAACAAUGUAAAAGCAUUGGAACGCAAGGUGGAGAUUGCUGAGAUGGCAUUAAAAACAUACUCUAAAGCCUGGGACAAGCUUCGCAUUGCUGCUGGAGCUGGACCAGCACGUGCACAACAAGCAGCACUAGAUGUGGAAUUGUGUGGGCUUUGACACCAAAGAGCUAUUGUGUCCAAAAUUUCAAUGCCAGCUAUCACACCUUUUUAUCAAAGGAUGCCCAUUAUAUCUUGCAUUUUCUGCUAUAUUCCAGUAUAAAAACACUAGACAUUACUAUAAACAAUAAAGGAAAUUCAAACAUUUAUAAAAUGACAAAUAAUUACACAUUAUUAAUAAAAAGGUUUAUUAGUUAGUGCUGUGAAUAUUAAAUGCUACAUACAGAUAUUUCAGCAUGAAUGUCACAUCAACCGCCACAUGAAGUUCUUACUAGCUCAUUCACAAUCUACAAUAAAUUUUUUUUAAAAAAAGCUAAGGAGAAGUAUGUGCACUCAGAAAUGCAAAUACUUGGAACAGAUUACAGGAACUAACACAGCAGGCAUGCAUGGGGGUGGCAAAGUCUCAAACCCAUAGAGGAAGGACAUUUACUUUAACUCAAUUGGUAGGCAAAUGUCUAGCUAAAUCUCCCUUUACCCUCUACUCUAUGGUCCUGAGAACUCUGCCAAGAAUAUAGAUAUUAUAUAAAGAUUUUAAACAAUAUUAAUGACAAAUUAAUAUACAAACAUGAAAACAAAAAACACAACAUACUUUUUUUUUUUUUACAAAUUCAAAUCCCAACUGCUUUUUGAUUCUUAAUGCCUACAGUUUAAAAAAAGCCCCUGGCUUUUUUUUUUUUUUUU